UAUUCGGUCGAAUUCCGCGGUGGAAACACUAUUCUUUAGCACUUUAGCAGACCAUGGAUGAAGAAACGCUUAUAAACCUGGUAAAAGAACACGGGGAGUUAUACGACCCGGCGCACAGACAGUACCAGGACCAACACAGGAGGGAGCAAGCUUGGAAGAAGAUCUCGAACAAAAUGAAGAUGCAAGCUCAUGAAUGCAAAGAAAGGUGGAAAAAACUGCGUGAAAAUUACAGAAAAGCAAUUAAACUACGUCAAACACAGAAAGCCAAAGGCAUCAAAAAAUUUAAACCCAUCAAACACGGACACAUAUUGACGUUCAUAGAUGACCAAAAAGAAAUGGAAUAUGAAGAAGUCGAUACUCACAAAGCCGGGCAUUCUAGGAAAACAGAAAUAUAUGCUCUAGAACCAAAUCCAAUAGAUCCACUGGUAUUAGAAAGGACCUACGAAAUAGUCCCUAGACCUGACACAGUGGUAACUUUCUUCACUAAUUUAGGAGAGACGGUAAAAACGUUUCCAAAAGACGUCCAAGUACGUGUGAAAAGAGAUAUAUUUAAAAUUAUCAACGAGGCAGAAGAAGAAGUGGUGAUGAAUAAAUUCAAGUGGUGAUGAACAGUGAUUAGACAUUAGACUAGAUAAAGUAUAGUUGGUCAAACCAAAUUGUCAGUAAAUAAGAACAAAAAAAACUAUACUCAUCCUUUUCUUUUGGGUGCUAGUACUAGUUUAAGAGAAAGAUAGUAUGAUUAUCUCUGUCUCUGUUUGAAAUAAGACAGUUCUUUGACAAACUAUAUCUAUUAAUCAAAUCUUA